AUGUCCCUGCUGGCCCAUCUCGUCGCUCUCUGGCUGGUGGGCGCACAGCUGGCUCAGACGCUGACCUGCUCUCGGUGGGGAACACCCAGCGACAGCGGGUUGUUUGAGGACGGGGAUGUAAUCAUCGGCGGGCUCUUUAACCUUCACUUCAUGCCUCCUGUUAAGGACCAGAGGUUCACUCUGGAGCCAGACAACAAACCCUGCACUGGUUUGCAAAAUCUACCAUUGCAAUACAUCUAUGCGAUGAUGUUCGCUCUGGAGGAAAUCAACCACAGCUCCACCUUGCUGCCGGGCGUGAAGCUGGGCUACCGUAUCCAUGACUCCUGCGCCCUCCCUGCUUGGGAGAUGCAGGCUGCGCUGUCAUUGGUCGGUGGAGACGCACCGAGCUGUAACUCGGAUCAGGAGGAAACAGAAGUCGGAGCAGGUGAACAGCGUGUGCCUCUGAUCAUUGGUGGCUCCUCGUCUAUAACAGCCCACGUACUGUCCAAACUCCUGGGACCACUUUCUAUUCCUCUAGUGAGCUACACAGCAAGUUCUCCAAGCUUAAGUGACAGGCAACAAUUUCCUAAUUUCUUCAGAACCAUGGCCAGUGAUACCUAUCAAGCACGUGCAAUUGCUCAGCUCGCUAUAAAGUAUAAUUGGAGCUGGGUUGGAGCAGUGGUGGCCAACAAUGACUAUGGCCUCAUGGCAGUGAAGGUGUUUCAGGAGGAAAUUCAGGGGGCCGGGGUUUGCCUCUCCUUUUUGGAGACCCUUCAGAGAGAAAACAUUGAAAGUGAGGCCAGACGGGCAGCGCUCACCAUCCAGGCCUCGACUGCGAAGGUGAUUCUGAUCUUUGCCUGGUUCACGGAUGUAAUAGAGCUGUUCCUACAACUGGAGAAGCUAAAUGUGACUGACAGACAAUUUCUGGCAAGUGAGGCCUGGAGCACCAGCAGCGAUCUUCGGCAAAGCACCUUUUCACGUAAAGUGGCGAGAGGUGUUCUUGGCGUUGCCAUCCGGAGAUCCCCCCUGCCUGGGUUUGGGACUUUUGUUCGGAAUUUAAACCCGUGGCUUCGCCCGAACGACCAGUUCCUGAAGGAAUUUUGGGAAAAGGAAUUCAGAUGCAGUCCUGGGAUUGCAGCAGCUCCGUCGUCUUCUUCUCUUCCACCCUGCAACGGCACAGAGAGCCUGUGGGACGUGGAAAAUCUCUUCACUGACGCCUCCCAGCUACGGGUGACAUACAACGUCUACCUUGCAGUCUAUGCUGCAGCCCACGCCCUUCACUCCCUACUCUCCUGCCCCGACGUUAGCAGCUCUCCAGGACGAAACGUCGCCUGUUCACUUCACACUCAAAUCAAACCCAUGGAGCUGAUGGAGCACCUCAGCAAAGUGAACUUCACCACACCGCAGGGCGAAGCAUUUUAUUUCCAAGGUGCUGACGUCAAGGCGAAGUAUGACCUCUUGAACUGGCAGAGCAGCCCCGAGGGAGAGGUCAAGCUUGUUUUGAUUGGUCGUGUGGAUGGCUUUGACCUCCACCUUAACGAGUCUGCCAUUCAGUGGAGCACAGGGUCCAGUCAGGUCCCCGUUUCCGUCUGCAGUGAGAGUUGUCCUCCUGGCACACGGAUGGCCAGCAGGAAAGGAGAACCCAUCUGCUGUUUUGACUGCAUUCCAUGUGCUGAUGGACAGAUUAGCAACACAACUGGUUCCACUCAGUGCAAUAUUUGCCCAUCUGAGUUCUGGUCCAACGCCGAGCGUACCGCCUGCAUCCCUCGCCAGCUGGACUUUCUUUCCUUCAAUGAAACUUUGGGCAUCACCCUCACAGCAGUGGCCGUUUCCGGUGUCACGGUGACAACUGCUGUGUUCAUGGUGUUCCUUUACUACCGACAGACGCCUAUGGUACGAGCCAACAACUCGGAGCUCAGCUUUCUGCUUCUCCUGUCGCUGAAGCUCUGCUUUCUGUGCUCGCUGGUGUUCAUCGGCCGGCCCUCGGCGUGGUCAUGCCGGUUCCAGCAGGCGGCCUUCGGGAUCAGCUUUGUCCUUUGCGUGUCAUGCCUUCAAGUGAAGACAAUUGUGGUCCUGGCAGCGUUCCGCUCGGCCCGGCCCGGCGCCGAAGCCCUCAUGAAGUGGUUCGGUCCCGGACAGCAGAGAGGAAGUGUCUGCCUCUUCACAUCCGUACAGGUUGUCAUCUGCAUUAUUUGGCUGUCACUUAGCCCCCCACAGCCUCGACCUGACUUGAAGAUCCCGGGUCUGCAGGUGACCCUGGAGUGCGCCAUGGCCUCUGUGGUGGGUUUCUCUCUGGUGCUGGGCUACAUUGGCCUCCUGAGCUGCACCAGCCUCCUUCUGGCCUUUCUCGCCAGGAAGCUCCCCGACAACUUCAACGAGGCCAAGCUGAUCACCUUCAGCAUGCUGAUUUUCUGUGCCGUCUGGGUGGCUUUUGUCCCCGCUUAUGUCAGUUCACCUGGAAAAUACGCGGUGGCCGUGGAGAUUUUUGCCAUCCUGGCCUCGAGUUACGGUUUGCUGCUCUGCAUCUUUGCUCCAAAGUGUUUCAUCAUCCUUCUGAGGCCAGAGAAAAACACUAAGAAGCAUUUGAUGGCAAGAUAGUCAUUUCAGUCACACUCUCUGUUUUAUAAGUUGUUUAUGCUCUAUUGUUUCAUUUGAAAGGUUUUGUUUUUCCAGAUGUUGCACACAAUGUGUGACGACCUGUAAGAAAUGAUCAUAAUUUAGUAAAAAUAAGCCACUAAAAAGGAUUUUUUUUAAAGAAUAUGUUUUGAUUCAUUCAGUUCAGGUAUGUGUUCCUUUGGAUACAUAUUUUUAUGUUAAAAAUGGUUUUGCUAAGAGUUAAAGGGGAGGAUAAAAGUGUGCUAAUUAGAACUUUUAUACAGCCUCCAUAUAUGUUGUUUGUCAGUAUCUUAUUCACAAUUCUCUUAAAUAUUGAUGCUACAUGGAUUAUAUUGCCAACAGCCACAUUGAUUUCUUUAUUUAAACUUUGCAAACUAAUGAUCAAAUUAUUUGCAUUUAAGUAGUGUAAAGAGCUACAUGUCUGACAACCAGAUCAGGAAUUUGACCGCGACUGUCUGAUCAAUUUUAAGUCCGCUGCUGCCAUCUGCUGGCCAGAUUUCAAAAGUGCUUUCAAAAGGUCAAUAGGAUUCUUUCUCUCCUUACACAGAAUAAUUGGACAAGGGAAGACCUUAAAAUUCAUUCUAACAUUUACAACACAUUUUUGAAAAUUCAGUUUACACAAUAUGUUUGAUUUGUAAUAACUGUGUAACAAUACAUGUAUGUUCUAUGCUAUUUAACGUUUUCGCUUCAGUUGUGCUAAAAGGAAAACUUUAUGUUAAAAAAAUUUGCUAAGAGUAAAAGAGGGCAUAAUUAUUACAAUUAUGUUUAAUUUGUAAUUGUUUAAAGAUGCAUGUUCUGUGCUAUUUAAAGUUUUCGCUUCA